AUGAGUAACGACCAGCAUGUGAGUGACACGCGAUCUCUCCAACAAGAGGAGCUUGGGAACAGCUCGGAGGAGGAACGGAGGGGGCUCUUAUCCAAUGGCACGAAAGGUUACGACGACGACGAUUCAAGACCUUGGUGGUCUUUGUCACUCAGGACUAUUGUAUAUGCUGGCACUACUCUCGUCUUGCUCGUCAUUGGGAUUGUCGUCGGUGUUCGUCUGUUCGCACCUUCGUCGCGCCCAAGGCCCGACUUCGACCAUAGGCUACUUAGAAGCAAUGGUACGCAUGACUUUAGGAAGACAGCCUUGAUUGUUUCCAUCGAUGGCCUCCGAGCGGAUUACCUCGACAGAGGUCUCACUCCACAUCUCCUUGCGAUAAGCAAGAAGGGGCUUCGCGCGAAGUCAAUGAAGCCUGUGUUCCCUACGCUGACUUUCCCAAAUCACUGGGCAUUAAUGACAGGGUUAUAUGUCGAAUCGCACGGCAUUGUCGCGAACAACUUCUGGGACCCAUAUACGGGACAGGAGUUUCAUUACAACAGCGCCGCUACCUCUUGGAACUCAUCAUGGUGGUUUGGCGAACCUGCAAGUCUGAUGUGGGAAACAGCUCAAAAAGCGGGCAUCAUUACAGCCAAUCUGAUGUGGCCAGGGCCUCCCGUGACGACGUCUGGCGUGUCUCCAACAUAUUUCAUUCCCUGGAGGGAUCGUGUGCCCCUGAAGGAGAAGCUCGAUCAGAUCACGGCGUGGAUUGACUUACCGCUAGAAGAAAGACCUCAGCUAAUUAUGGCUUAUGAGCCGUCUCUUGAUCAGGCGGGCCAUCUCACUGGGCCUAACUCCACUCUCGUGAACAAUGUUCUGCAUCAGGUCGACAUCUUCGCGCGAGAUCUUCACGAUGCGCUCGAGGCACGCAACCUCACUAAUAUUGUCGAUGUCGUGUUUGUGAGUGACCACGGUAUGACGGAUACGAGCAACCCGGAGUGGAUCUACGUCGACGAUAUCCUCGGCGAUGGCUUCUCUAAAAUAGACCAUGAGGAUGGCUGGCCAUCUAUGGGCCUACGCUUCAAGCAGGAAGCCAAUGCACAAAUUUACCUUGACAUGCUACUGGCGGCAUCCAAGGCUAGCGGUGGCAAGUUUGAGGUAUACACUCACGAUACGAUGCCCCGCCGUUGGCAUUUUUCAAACAAUUAUCGAAUUGCACCGAUUUACAUCGUGCCAAAUGUCAAAUACGCCCUCACGAACAGAAUCGAGAACGGAUCGGGUAUGAGCAAGGGCAACCACGGAUAUGAUAACGAUGAGUCGUCUAUGCAUGCCAUGUUUGUUGCACACGGGCCAUUCUCCUCGGUCGUCAAAGCUGUCGAGCAGACCCGUGCGCAGUCGCUCCUCCCGCGUUUAGUGUCGCGGCCGAACAAGGGCUGGCACUCGACAUCCGACGACAUGUACGUGAUGGACACGUUUGAGAACGUGAACAUCUACAACCUGAUGAUCAAGCUGCUCGGCAUUGAGAAGUACGCCGCAAGCACGAAUGGUACAGAGGGUUUCUGGGACCAAUUCUUCUGA